GCAUCAGUAUCCCUGGCUAUCCACACACAGCAUGGGGCUGUGCAGCGCUCUCACCUGCCUGGUCUGCUUCACCCUUCCCAGCUACUACUCUGCAGAGCAAGUUCUUCUUUUGGAUUCCAAAGAGUCACAAGCAGAAUUGGGCUGGACUUCACACCCAUCCAAUGGAUGGGAGGAAAUCAGUGGUGUUGAUGAAAACUACAAGCCCAUACGUACCUACCAGGUGUGCAAUGUGAUGGAACCAAAUCAAAACAACUGGUUGCAAACAGGCUGGAUCCCAAGACAGAAUGGACAAAGAAUCUUUAUUGAGCUCAAGUUCACCCUGAGGGAUUGUAACAGCAUUCCUGGAGUGGUGGGAACAUGUAAGGAGACUUUUAACCUCUACUACAUAGAAUCGGAUUUUGACCUGGGGAGGCACAUUAAGGAGAGCAAGUACAUCAAGAUUGAUACUAUAGCCGCUGAUGAAAGCUUCACCCAAGGGGACUUGGGGGAGCGCAAAAUGAAACUUAAUACAGAAGUUAGGGAGAUUGGACAUCUCAACAAGAGAGGUUUUCACCUAGGAUUCCAAGAUGUUGGGGCUUGUGUUGCUUUAGUCUCAGUACGUGUGUACUAUAAAAAGUGCCUCUCCACAGUUCAGAAUCUAGCAGUAUUUCCAGACACAGUGGCAGAGGCAGCAUUUUCAACUUUGGUGGAAGUUAGGGGGACUUGUGUGAAUAACUCUGAAGUAGACCUGGAUAAUCCACCCAGGAUGCAUUGCAGUGCAGAAGGGGAAUGGCUUGUCCCCAUUGGAAAAUGUACAUGUAGUGCUGGCUUUGAAGAAAAGGAUGGUAGCUGUGAAGCUUGUCCUCCUGGGUUUUACAAGAUGUCCAGCCGGCUUCAGCUCUGUGAACCAUGUCCUCAAUAUAGCUAUACAAACCAAGAGUCUUCGACAAUCUGCACAUGCGAGAAGAACUUCUAUAGAUCUCCGCUGGAUUCUCCAUCCACUCCCUGCACUCGUCCACCAUCUGCUCCAAGAAGCCUUGUUUAUAGUAUUAAGCAGACAACUGUGGUCUUGGAAUGGAAUGCACCACUGGAUGCAGGCGGAAGAGGUGACCUUACUUACAAUGUCUUCUGUGACCGAUGCUCAGUGGCAUUUCAGCACUGUGAAGCAUGUGGAAGCAGUGUUGGUUUUGUACCUCAGCAGACCGGAUUAGUUGAUCGGACCGUCACCAUGGUGAAUUUAUUGCCUCAUGUUAACUAUUCUAUUCGGGUGGAAUCUGUGAAUGGAGUGUCUGAUUUUAGCCUAUUCUCCAAGCAGUUUGCGGAAAUUAACAUCUCAACCAGCAAUGCAGCUCUGUCUUUGAUCACUGACAUCCGUGCGGACAAAGUCGACCAGAAAAGUAUCACGUUGUCAUGGCAGGAACCAGCUUACCCAUUUAUCAACAACACUGAAUACGAGAUCAAGUACUACGAAAAGGAUCAAAGAGAGCAGAGCUACUCCACAUUGAAAACGCCUCUCACUACAGUCACAGUAAACAACCUGAAGCCAGGUACAGUCUAUGUAUUCCAAAUCCGCACAUCUUCAUCACAAGAUUUUGGAAGCUACAGCCCCAGUAUUGAGGUGGAAACUUUAGGAGAAUUGGCUCUGGCAUCUAGUGAACAGAAUCCUCUAAUUAUCAUUGUGGUGGUGUCAGUGGCUGGAUUUAUUGUGUUGUUGUCCAUGGUGAUUGGUCUCAUGAUAUGGAGGAGGCAAUGUGGCUACAGCAAAGCAAGUCAGGACGGGGAUGAAGAACUUUAUUUUCACUUCAAAAUACCAACCAGAAGAACAUACAUAGAUCCAGAUACUUGUGAAGAUCCCAUGCAAGCUGUUCACUUAUUUGCAAAGGAAUUGGACAAUUCCAGCAUUAAGAUUGAAAGGAUACUUGGCACAGGGGAUUAUGGAGAGAUCUGCAGGGGAUGUUUAAAGCUGCCAAGUAAGAGAGAGCUUCCAGUUGCCAUUCAGACCCUCAGGGCAGGUUGCUCUGAGAAACAAAAGAGAGCCUUUUUGGCAGAGGCAAGCAUCAUGGGCCAGUUUGACCAUCCAAACAUUAUCCGCCUGGAAGGGGUCAUCACCAGAGGCAAUACAAUGAUGACUGUAAUGGAAUACAUGGGGAAUGGGGUCCUGGAUUCUUUCUUAAGGAAACACGAAGGCCAAUUUACAGUGCCCCAACUUAUAGGAAUGUUGAGUGGUAUUGCCUCUGGAAUGAAGUAUCUGACAGAGAUGAGCUAUAUUCACAAGUGCCUUGCUGCACAUAGAGUAUUGGUGAACUCUAACCUGGUCUGUAAAAUAUCUGGCUUUCGACAUGUGCAGGAUGACAAACUUGACACAGUGUUUUCCACCAUGGUACGGAAUGCAAAUGGUGGGAAGAGCACUGUCUUAUGGACAGCUCCAGAGGCAAUCCAGUACCAUCGUUACAGCACGGCCAGUGAUGUCUGGAGCUUUGGAAUCGUUAUGUGGGAGGUCAUGUCAUAUGGAGAAAGACCGUACUGGGACAUGUCAAAUCAAGAUGUCAUCAAGGCCAUAGAAGAUGGUUUUCGGCUCCCGGCACCAAUAAACUGCCCACCUUCUCUCCACCAGUUAAUGCUUGACUGCUGGCAAAAGGACCGGAAUGACAGACCUAAAUUUACUCACAUACACAAUAUUCUCAGCAAGCAAGGGCAAAGUCCAGACAAAACCAAAUCUUCAACAUCAACAGCUACAAGAUCACAGAGCACUGCUAUCCCGCUAAUUGAACGGACAUUUACUUCAUUCCCCUCCUUCAGCUCUGUAGGAGAGUGGCUGGAAGCCAUUGAGAUGGAAAGAUACAAAGAUAACUUCACAGCAGCUGGAUAUUGCUACUUAGAGUCCGUAGCCAGGAUGACCGUUCAGGAUGUUAUGAGUCUGGGGAUCACCUCUGUAGAACAUCAGAAAACUAUUCUCAGCGGAAUACAGACCUUAAGGGCACAAGUUAUACAUAUGCAUGGUCGUGGUGUUCAAGUGUGAUAGAAGGAUGAAAACUCUGGGACUCAGAAAUCCAAAGGGAAAGCUGUAUGGGCCCUAAAUUUGGGCAUAAAACUUGAGCAGACAUGAAAAAGCAAAAGCUAUGGAGCCGAUUAAAGGAACUGGGGUCAUGUCUCCUUUUAACUCCCUGUAAGGAAUUGUAAUAUUGCCAAGUGUGGAUGUUUAACCGUUCGAUGGAGGAAGUCGGCUCGGCAAAGAAGGAGGAUUUAUUUUAACCCUUCCAUUGAGAGCGUAAAAUUUUAUUGUGCAUUCAUAAUGCCAUAUAACUGCAGACUGCAAAAUUGGGCUGCUGUUAUUGGACUCCUAAUAAGCCCAAAUGUCUGUAUGGUGCAUAGGCAUACAGGGUGAGCUGAACAAAGUGUGCACUUGUUUUUACAUGGGGUACAUGUUGUAAUGUUUUGGUGCCAACAACUCCAUUUAACUAUAAGUACUUAAUAUUUUUCUAACAGCAACUGUGUUGUACUGACUCCCAGAAAUAGCUUUUAUUUUUGCAGAAUGUUAAAAAAAUACCUUUUUUUAUACCAGAUCAAGUGUCCAAUUGAUAUGUGUUUGGUGCAGAAAUUGCUAGUCUUUUCCUUCUUCCUUACUAAGCACUUUUUUCUCAGCGGCAUUAAAUGAUGGCAUCUCUCUCGUGGGGCAAAUGAAAUGAAGUUGAAGUGGUGCAAUUUGUCUUGGAGUUGAAGUUCAAUGUGAGCAAUCGCUUACUUCGCAAAGGUUUAUCUGACAGUUUGCUAGCAGUGUGAAGGUGAGAUCAAAUAGCAAGCUGAAAAAAAGGGGAAAAAAAUAAACAAAACAAACAAAAAAAAAAGAACAGUUGUACAGACACUAUAAAGAGUUGUCCUGGAUGAAGACAGUUGUGUAAGGGAAAAAAUAUGAGGCUGUUUGCCGAUAUAGAGAAUGGUGUUGCUUCUUGCUUCUAUUGACAAGUCUCCUUCCAGUUUCCAGUCCAAUGCAUUAAAAUGCAGGUUACGCCCAAUGGCACCCAAAUCAUAUUAUGUUAUGUAUUAUGUUAAUACGUGCUAUAAAGUUUGCAACACUUGUCAUUGUUUAAGAACAGCACUCAAAUUACUGAUCCUGCCAGGAAAUUCAUUAAAAUUAUUCCUUUAUUAAAAACCAUGUCAUAAACAGUGUCUUUCAGCCUCACAAUCUCAAAACAAACUAAAGUGCUUUGGUGUUGGUAGAUUAAUCAUGGAUUAAUCAGUGAUUUAGUUCACUGACUUACUCCAAUUUUAAUGAGUCAGUUUGUGGUAAAACAGUAUGCUAUACAAUGUAUCCUAUGAAGAAUUACAGAAUAUUGCAAAGCUCAAUAAUUUUUAGAAGUGAUUUUGCUGAUGUGAAACCUGGUACAAUUUAGUUUUUGCUCAUAUAAAGAACAAUUAACUCAUGAGUUGACUAGGGAUCUAGUCUUUCCUUUUUCAACAGUCAUGUUGAUUGCAGGAGCUGGUGCUGUAGGUUCAUGUGUAAAGUUCAAGGGUAAAAUAAAAAAUCAGUGAAUUGAAAGAAGGUGGUGGAGGGUAUUCUGUAUGAUCUGUGGAGUGAGCAAAACCUAGUGACUAGUGUUGGAGGACACUCCCCAAAAUUCAGGUCUCAUAAAAUGAGCCUCCAGAGGUAACCCCGAAGAAUAUGUUUGAAAUGUUAGGCCGUUAUAGCCAAAUUGAAAACAUUUUCAAACUUAUAUGUUCUCAAAGUUGACUAUAUUGCCAUUUUCCUUGUCAUUUCUCAACGAUACAUUUACUGUAGCAUAAAUUUUAAUUCUGCUUUUAAUAAAAAUCUCCAAUAUUUUUUCUGUA